GCUGUUAGUAGCAGGAGCUCAACUGGACGAGCAGGGCAUACUUAGGGAUAUUUACCAUACAUUAGUUAGACGCUAAAGGCAAGAUGAAGAGCAUUCAACAGCCUCGGGGUUUGGUGGCUAUUAUUGCACUGUUGACUGUGGUGGUGGCUUGCAAUACGUCACUGUCAUUAAGGAAGAGGCUUGAAUGUCAUCGGGGAUGUAACUGCAGUCUGUUCAAAAGAGAAAGAGUUGUCAUGCGCUGUGCACUAUUCAACUUAACAGGAAAGCCUUUACCAACGCCUCCAAAACAGUCCAAGAAUUGGAAUACAAGCAUUUAUUUGGAGAACGGGACCAUUCCUGCUCUCCUGCACAACACCUUAUCGGAGUAUUCUCACUACCGAAUUGUCCUUCUCAGUCUGAAAAAUAACACCAUUCGAAACAUACACAAGCAUGCCUUCAACGGGAUGCGGUAUUUGAAGACACUAGACCUGUCAGAGAACUUCAUUGCCGAAAACAUUCUCAAGGAGUCGUUCUACGGAAUAGCCAUGACUCCAAUCAAGGAACUGAAUAUUAGUUCUAUGAAUCUUACACAUGUUUCUGAUGAUUUCUUUGAACAUUUAGAAAAUAUUACAAACGUUAGGCUUACAUUUCGCAACAACCCAUGUGAGUUCCCGCGGGACGCUCUUCAGGGCUUGAGACACCUGACCAGCCUUGACUUUGGUGGAAAUCGUUUGAAGACGAUAUACCUGAGGAAUGCCAGCUUUACCUCUCUUCAAACUCUUAGUUUUGAUAACAAUAACUUCUAUGAAUUUCCUAAUUUGUGUAGUAGUAAUAUUUUCCCUAACCUUAAACAUCUAUCUAUUCAGUGGAAUGGUAUGAGAUAUUUAGAUAGAAACUAUUACAGUUGUUUAACAAACCUCACUAAUUUCUACUUAAAUGGUAAUCUAUUUCCAAAACUAAAAUCAAAUCAGUUUUCGAUGUUGCCAUACAUAUACAAAAUCACCUUGUCGUAUGUUGGAUGUGCAAUGCACACUAUAGAAAGAGCGGUGUUCAAUAAUUCGGCACUGAAACAAAUAUUCUUUCGUAAGAAUCGUAUUUGGUUCAGAGAAGCAGAAAUAGACAUGCGUGUCUUUGAAGGAUGUCCUUCUUUGGAACUGUUGAACCUCAAUGAUAAUGUUUUCCAAGUAACAACAGAAAUCGAAUUCAAUACGCUGUUUGGAGAUCUCACCAACCUCAAGACUUUAGUUAUGGGGGGCAAUGGCCUCCGAUCUAUACCACAAGUUAUAACGAGGAAGUUAACAAGUAUUACGAGUCUUGCUCUGUAUCGGAACUCCAUAUCAGAUUUGAAGCCAAAUACGUUUGAAAAUAUGACAAAGUUGAAAAAACUAUUCUUGGCAAAUAAUGAAAUUUCAACAAUUGAUAAACAAUCCCUUCCGAAAGAUCUGAAACAAUUUGAGAUGUUUGGAAACCCCCUUUCCUGUACUUGUGAUAUGAUGUGGUUUGUAGACUGGAUGCGUAAAGAUCCCGAAACAUUUGGUUUUCAUAAAACACCUCAAAAUAAAGUUUUAUAUAACUGCUCCAGCCCCGUUAUAGUCAAAGGGAUUCAAUUACUUGAUUUGAAAAUGUCAGAGAUAAGUUGUCUGAUGGGUGAGGAUGUAAAAAUCAUAACUCUUACCUUUAGUACUUUGCUCACAGUGUUCCUGGUGACAGGGGCAGUGAUGUAUCGUUACCGUUGGCACAUCCGAUACUUGAUCUACAUGAUCAGAUACAGUCAACGACAGGAGGUGGACACCGCCGACUACGAAUAUGACGCGUUUGUGGCUUACUCUGCACCAGAUCGUCACUGGGUCAUACGGAAUAUGUUGCCUGUUCUGGAAGGCAAGGAAAACUUCAAACUCUGCGUGCAUGACAGGGACUUUGAAGUUGGUAAAUUAAUCGUGGAUAACAUCGUUGAUGCAAUUGAAGCAAGCCACAAAAUUAUCAUUGUCCUCUCUAACAGUUUUGCUCAAAGUGACUGGUGCCGUUUUGAAUUGAAUCUCAUCCAGCGUCACGUGCUGGAGAAUGGACAGCGCCUCCUGGUGGUGGUGAUGCUGGAGGAGAUAGACACACGUCACAUGACAAAAGCUAUGAGAGCCAUGUUGCAGACGACAACCUACCUGAUGUGGGGCGAGGAAGAGUAUGCCAGAAAAGCCUUCUUCAACAGACUGAGGAUGUUACUUCGCAGUUCAAACGGAAAUGCAGGGAAAAGACGAUUAUCACUGUUAGUAGCAGGAGGUCAACUAGAUGAACUGGCGAUCCUGGGCAUAUUUACAGGACGUUUGUCAGGUGAAACAGGCAAGAUGAUGAGACUUCAACAGCCUCGGAGUUUGGUGGCUAUUAUUGCACUGCUGACUGUGGUGGUGGCUUGCAGUACGUCACUGUCAUUAAGGAAGAGGCUUGAAUGUCAUCGGGGAUGUAACUGCAGUCUGUUCAAAAGAGAAAGCGUUGUCAUGCGCUGUGGACUAUUCAACUUAACAGGAAAGCCUUUACCAACGCCUCCAAUACAGUCCAAAAAUUUGAAUACAAGCAUUUAUUUGGAGAACGGGACCAUUCCUGCUCUCCUGCACAACACCUUAUCGGAGUAUUCUCACUACCGAAUUGUCCUUCUCGGUCUGAAAAAUAACACCAUUCGAAACAUACACAAGCAUGCCUUCAGCAGGAUGAGGUAUUUGAAGACACUAGACCUGUCAGAGAACUUCAUUGCCGAAAACAUUCUCAAGGAAUCGUUCUACGGAAUAGCCAUGACUCCGAUCAAGGAACUGAAUAUUAGUUCUAUGAAUCUUACACAUGUUUCUGAUGAUUUCUUUGAACAUUUAGAAAAUAUUACAAACGUUAGGCUUACAUUUCGCAACAACACCAGUGAGUUCCCGCGGGACGCUCUUCAGGGCUUGAGACACCUGACCAGCCUUGACUUUGGUGGAAAUCGUUUGAAGGAGAUACACCUGAGGAAUGCCAGCUUUACCUCUCUUCAAACUCUUAGUUUUAAUAACAAUCACUUCUACGAAUUUCCUAAUCUGUGUAGUAGUAGUAUUUUCCCUAACCUUAAACAUCUAUCUAUUCAGUGGAAUGGUAUGAGAUAUUUAGAUAGAAACUGUUACAGUUGUUUAACGAACCUCACUUAUUUCUACUUAAAUGGUAAUCUAUUUCCAGAACUAAAAUCAAAUCAGUUUUCGAUGUUGCCAUACAUAUACAAAAUCACCUUGUCGUAUGUUGGAUGUGCAAUGCACACUAUAGAAAGAGCGGUGUUCAAUAAUUCGGCACUGAAACAAAUAUUCUUUCGUAAGAAUCGUAUUUGGUUCAGAGAAGCAGAAAUAGACAUGCGUGUCUUUGAAGGAUGUCCUUCUUUGGAACUGUUGAACCUCAAUGAUAAUGUUUUCCAAGUAACAACAGAAAUCGAAUUCAAUACGCUGUUGGGAGAUCUCACCAACCUCAAGACUUUAGUUAUGGGGGGUAAUGGCCUCCGAUCUAUACCACAAGUUAUAACGAGGAAGUUAACAAGUAUUACGAGUCUUGCUCUGUAUCGGAACUCCAUAUCAGAUUUGAAGCCAAAUACGUUUGAAAAUAUGACAAAGUUGAAAAAACUAUUCUUGGCAAAUAAUGAAAUUUCAACAAUUGAUAAACAAUCCCUUCCGAAAGAUCUGAAACAAUUUGAGAUGUUUGGAAACCCCCUUUCCUGUACUUGUGAUAUGAUGUGGUUUGUAGACUGGAUGCGUAAAGACCCCGAAACAUUUGGUUUUCAUAAAACACCUCAAGAUAAAGUUUUAUAUAACUGCUCCAGCCCCGUUAUAGUCAAAGGGGUACAAUUACUUGAUUUGAAAAUGUCAGAGAUAAGUUGUCUGAUGGAUCAGGAUGUAAAGAUCAUAACUCUUACCUUUAGUACUUUGCUCACAGUGUUUCUGGUGACAGGGGCAGUGAUGUAUCGUUACCGUUGGCACAUCCGAUACUUGAUCUACAUGGUCAGAUACAGUCAACGACAGGAGGUGGACACCGCCGACUACGAAUAUGACGCGUUUGUGGCUUACUCUGCACCAGAUCGUCACUGGGUCAUACGGAAUAUGUUGCCUGUUCUGGAAGGCAAGGAAAACUUCAAACUCUGCGUGCAUGACAGGGACUUUGAAGUAGGUAAAUUAAUCGUGGAUAAUAUCGUUGAUGCAAUUGAAGCAAGCCGCAAAAUUAUCAUUGUCCUCUCUAACAGUUUUGCUCAAAGUGACUGGUGCCUGUUUGAAUUGAAUCUCAUCCAGCGUCACGUGCUGGAAAAUGGACAGCGCCUCCUGGUGGUGGUGAUGCUGGAGGAGAUAGACACACGUCACAUGACCAAAGCUAUGAGAGCCAUGUUGCAGACGACAACUUACCUGAUGUGGGGCGAGGAAGAGUGUGCCAGAAAAGCCUUCUUCAACAGACUGAGGAUGUUACUUCGCAGUUCAACCGGAAAUGCAGGGAAAAGACGAUUAUCAGUUUAGUAGACAGCAAUAUUUAAUACUGAAUGUUCCAUUUUGAUUAUCUUUGUUAUAACUAUCAGGAUGUGCCUUUGGAGAUCAUUAUCCCACAGGAGAUGCAUAAUAGCUUUUUUAUAAGACAAAGGAAAACCUUUGAUAUUUGUACAUUUCUUCAAAGCCCCUCAUUGACUGAGUAGAGUGAGUGAGUAUGUUUUUACGUUACUUUCAGUAAAAUUCCAGCAUAUGUUUCAAUGAGUAACACCAGACAUGGGCUGCACGGAAUCCAACUCGAGACCUCGGCGUGACGAGCGAACGCUUAAACCAAUAGAUCUAGACUACCCCACCGUCCCUUUAGUAGACAAGAAUAUGUUUUACUGAAUAUGCAAUCUACGUAUCAGUAUGACUACCUGAGAUAAUCAUUUUUAAUCUAUUUGUGAGACACUGUACUCUAUAAUGAAGGUUAAAUAUCAUCUCUCAUGAAAUAAUUAGACACAUUUAUUUAGCCAUGUACAAUGGUCACGUAUAACUGCAGAAUAAAAAUGUAUAUUAACAUUUGGAUAUGCCUGUAUGUUCCUUCGAUGUAGAAAUGAUCACAACGGAGUCUGCAUUUUUCAGUUUCAUGUUUUUAAGUUCGAUGUUUUGUACAAGUCACAAAUUAAACUACUGAUAUGGUACCGAACUGAACAUCAUCAGCUCUUAUGUUUAACAGCUUCAAGAUACUGUUGUUAUUUAGGUACAUUGUAUGGGAUGUGUGUAUUUCUAAAACGGUUGUCAGACAUCCCAUAUGUUAGACGACUCAAUCAUCAGAGAGACCAGUCAAGUGUGACCUGUGACUGCCUGGUCUUACCUACUGAUUAAUGAACUGCUCCAACAGUGGGCAGAGUAAGCUACUCCAACUCGUUAAGUGAUACAGAUUAACCAGAUUAUGAAGAGUAAGCUACUCCAACUCGUUGAGUGAUACAGAUUAACCAGACUAUGAUUGUGUAUAUAAAGUCGCGUCUGAUAUGCGUGUGUUUUAUUAGCUAAGAUAUAAAGUAGUUUCUUCAAUGAUAUAGAAAAUAGGAAGCACAGUGAAGAUAAUUAAAAACAUUUUAGCCGUUCAGUUUGUUUGCAUUAUUUUCAUUAAAUAGAUUACACUUCUCCACAAUCUAAGUAUAAUCUCACAUGUACUAUAGGUACUGUACUAUACUACAUGAAGUCUAAGUCAGUAAGGUGUCACCACCAUGGCUGGUAAACGCAGAGUUGAGUACGUUGAGCCUGAGAGAGGAACACCACAAGUAUUCCUUGAUGGGUUCACCUAUUCUAAGAAUCGAACAAGAGGCGUUCUGUCCAUAUACAUGUGCUUUGUACCAUUACCGCGGUUAGUAUUGUGGUUUUUUUAGCAACUCGGCAAUGUU